AUGGAUGCCCUACUUGGUCCCCCUGUGCCUACCGACCCGGCCGCCGUGCCACCGCGCACGCCGCUACAUGGGCGCUUCACGUCCCUGGUCCCCCUGGAGCCGUCGCAUGCACCAGCCAGCUUCAAGCAUCUCGCGGGCGAGGGAAAUGCCCAGCCGUGGACCUUCAUGUUCGGCGGCCCCUACAACACAGAGGCCGAGUGGCAGAAGGCCGUUGACGACUGGUGCAAGCCCAGCGACCCCCUCUGCUAUGCUGUGCUCGCCAAGCCCACGCCUGACGCCGGCAGCCCAGAGCCGGUCGGGCUCAUGUCGUUCAUGAACAUUGUCCCUGCGCACCGCCGGCUGGAAAUUGGGAGCAUCAUCUUCGGCCAGGCGCUGAGGAAGACGCGCAUGGCCACCGAGGCCUUCUACCUGACCAUGAGGCACGCCUUUGACGACCUGGGCUACUCCCGGUUCGAGUGGAAGGCGAACCAUUUGAACAAGCCCAGCUUGGCGGCAGCUGAACGGCUCGGCUUCGUCUUCGAGGGAAUCUUCAGGAAGCACAUGAUCAUCAAAGGUCGUAGCCGUGAUACAGCAUGGUACAGCAUCACCGAUGACGAAUGGCCUGUCAUCAAAAAGGCCCUGGAAACCUGGUUAAGUGACGAUAAUUUUGACGCGAAUGGUCAGCAAAUCAGAGAUUUGAAGGAAAUCAGAGCAUCCAUCCACGCCAACGUAGCUUAG